CAUCUGUUUAGGGCGUUGCCGCUGCUCUUCCUGGCAGCUGUCAGAGACUCAGGCGCUGGUUCUUCUCACCCGGGCGGUGACGAACAAACACGCAGCGGGGCGACACGCACACGAAGCCCGUGUGUACCCGAACAAACAUGGUUCAAUAAGUAACGGAGGGUGCUGAUAUUCCCCUCCUCCCCGCUCCCCAGCCCAUCGCCACCAUGGAGACCGCCAACAACUUUGUGCUGAUCCAUGGGAAGAACAUAUCCCAUAAUGCCCUCGCGGCGGGUGCCGCUGCCGGGCCCCACAUGUCCAUUGACAAGCUGUUCCCGGCGCUCCUCGAGUGCUUUGGCAUCAUUUUGUGUGGCUACAUCGCCGGCAGGGCCGAUAUCAUCACGGAGAGCCAGGCGAAGGGUUUGGGGAACUUUGUGUCCAAGUUUGCUCUUCCGGCUCUGCUCUUCAAGAACAUGGUGCUGUUGGACUUCGGAGACGUCAUCUGGGCGUUUCUCUGGAGCGUCCUGAUCGCUAAGGUGACGGUGUUCGUGCUGGUGUGUGUGCUGACACUGGUGGUGGCCAGUCCAGAAACCAGGUACGGCAAGGCCGGUCUGUACGCUAUCUUUGCUACGCAGAGCAAUGACUUCGCCUUGGGAUACCCCAUAGUUGAUGCUCUGUAUCGGAGCACAUAUCCAGAAUACCUCCAGUACAUCUAUCUGGUGGCCCCGGUCUCCCUCAUGCUCCUCAACCCCAUCGGCUUCGCUCUGUGUGAGGUGCAGCGGUGGAGGCAGGCCAACCAUCCGCAGCACAGCAGCACCCGUGGCGUCGUGGGAGUUGUGGUCCUGCAGGUGUUGAAGAACCCAGUGGUGUUCAUGGUGAUCGUGGGAAUCAUCUCCCAUUUUGCUCUGGGCCAACGCAUCCCUGCCGUGUUGGUGGAGUUCAUCGACGGCCUGGCCAACUCUUUUGGAGGGGCCGCCUUGUUUUACCUCGGCCUCACUAUGGUCGGCCAGCUCCGAAAACUAACCAGAGACACUGGAGUCGCCUUGAUACUCCUCAUCACAGCCAAGCUCCUGGUGAUGCCGCUGGUCUGUAAAGACAUGGUCGACAUUCUGGACGUAGGAGUGAACAGCACGAGCUCCAACCACACCAGUUUGUCCAACUUUGCGUUCCUGUACGGCGUCUUCCCCACCGCGCCCAGCGUGGCCAUCUACGCCGGACACUACAAUAUGGAGUUAGAGGUGGUAACAUCGGGGAUGGUUAUCAGCACCUUCCUGUCGGCGCCCAUCAUGUAUGUGUCGGCCUGGUUACUGACGAUCCCUCUGAUGGACCCGACGCCUCUGGUGACCGAGCUGGAAAACGUUAGCUUCAACAUCAGCAUCGUCAGCCUUGUGGCGCUGGUUUGGACUAUAGCGGUGAUGUUGCUCAGCCGGAAAUUCAACAGACUUCCUCACCUCUUCGCCUUAAAUCUCUUUCUGGCUCAGUUUUUGGUGUGUGUCAGUAUGAUCCUGUGGAACUUCCUGGUGAAACAAGAGGAUAAUCUGCUCAGCAAAGUUCUCACCUUCACGUUGCUCUACGGCUCGCUGUACAGCACCUACGUCUGGACAGGUUUAAUCCCUCUGUGUCUGGCUCUGACUACCAGAGACGAUCUGCUGAGACUCCGACCGGGAGUGUUCAUGAUUCUGGGUUGGGGGGUUCCCUUCCUCGUGGUCGGAGGUCUUCUGAUAUUUGGAGAGAGGACUGAUACCGUGGACUCUGCUUUCUUUUAUGGCAGAGCUCAGAUCGUCAGCACAGCGGUGGUGCUCGCGGUCAGCCUGGUGCUCGGCGCCAUAUCUCUGAUGGGGCUCAGCCAGGGAGACCGGGAGCAGAGGGGUUACGAGGCCCUGAGCAGAGCCGGCGCCGCGGCGGCGGGCUGCACCAACGACGAGCUGAGGACCCCUGCUGGCCUGGAGGAUCCGUCGCAACCACAGGAAGAGACGCUCGUGGCAAAUUCACCCAUCUGCAGCAUCAACUCGGACCUCCACAGUUUCUCUCCCGUCCAGAACAUACCGGACAUGAUAGCCAGCACGCAGAGGGAGACCACAAACCACACAGUUUCCUCUCCAGACCACAGCGGGGCGCUGUGUGACCGGCUGCAGUCUUCCUCCUCAGAGCAGCCGCUCAACCUGCCGCCGCCCGGGCUUCAACCGGCCGACGACAAGCAGACGGUCCGACACGUGCUGCUCUGUCUGCUGCUCAUCGUCAGCCUGCUCGCGAACCUGUCCAGUUGUCUGUGGUGGUUGUUCAACAAAGAUCCAGGACGACUUUACCUCGAACUGCAGUUCUUCUGCGCUGUGGCAAACUACGGACAGGGUUUCCUGUCCUUCGGGAUCUUUGGUCUGGACAGACACCUCAUCAUCUUGCCGUUCAAGAAGAGGUUGCUCGGCCUGUGGCAGGGCAGAGACCCCGAUGACCUGAGUCCCUCAGGUGUACCAGAGGAGGUCAGACUCACCUGUACCCAGUUUGUACGCUACCACAAAGACCAGUGUGUACAGGACAUAGUACACACACGCAGGUUCGGAGAGGGAAGCGGGCCGGAGGAGGAGGGGGAGGAGGAGGUGGAGGAGAACGGGCUUUCCAGACAUUCCCUUUCCCGUCGGCCCACACACUCACAUCAGGAACAUCAGGAGCCCGACAUCGAACACCGAGCUUGUACCGCCAACUCCGACCCAGAGGAGCAGAUUUCUCACGACACAGCUGAUCCACGACAUGUUCUUCCCGCUCCGAGCUCGCCCCGCCCCCGUCAACGCGACGCACGGUCCCGUCUCAAAGGUGCCUUCCGGGGCAGCGACCUGGUCGACUGGCUGGUGGAGCGGGGCCUGUGCGCCGGGCGGGCCGAGGCCCAGCUGUACGGCGCUCGACUCCAGCGGGGAGGGGUGUUGGAUCGCCCGGCGGGUCGGCUCGGCUUCAGGGACCAGGCUUCGCUGUUGUACCACUUCACAGGGGGAGGGGGAGGGUAGAGGAAGAAAUGGGCUUAACGGUACUAAGGAGCAACCACCGUGGACGAGUGCCAGAGUGGACAUGUUACUUAUCGUCCACAACGAGCUAACUAAAGUAUGUGAUUGUGGAAAUUCAGAUUCGUUUGAUCCAUAAAAGAUCAAGUGGUACAUUUCAUAACACGAUCGCCUUGAUUGACAGUUGUCAUAGGCGACAGUAUCCGUGGUGGUUGCCGCUUCAACCCUCUGGACCCCAAAUGUCUCGCUCCAAACUACGGCUGCAACUAACGAUUAUUUUCAUUAUCGAUUAACCGAUUAGUUGUUUGUUCCAUAAAACGGUGACAAAUGUCCCAAAACUCCAAGAUGAUGGUUUUUUUUGUCCACACACCAAAGAUAUUUAGU